AUGGGAAACGAAACGAAUCAGGGCCGGGUUGUUCGAAGCUGGGUUAAGAUAACCCAGGGUUAGUGCAAAUUUCGAACUCAGAUAUGAGAGCUUUAAAAAGCCAAUUCAGUUGAAUUCUCUUUGCCUACAAUUUGAUGAUUGGAUAUGCUAAAAGAAUAGAGAAAAUUAUCCGGAGAGACUGCUUUUGAUAUAAAGAAAAAGAAACCCGGGUUAAAAUUUAAGCCCGGGUUAGCGCUAACCGGCUUUCGAACAACUGGGCCCAGGACCCUAAAAUAAGUUCUCUCGACAAGGUAGCGAAAUGCAUGAUUUGUGUCUAAACCGAGUCAGGGUUUGAAAGCUUUGGCGGGACUUCGGGAAACGGGUUCCUGGUCUAAAUACGGUUUCCUUUCCCCUAUUUUUUCGAAAAUUGCAAAGAAGAACUUAGUAAUAAAAUGAUUGGUUUCAAGAGGGUCAAAAACGUGAAGAGCAAAAAACGUGUCUUCAUGAUCACGCAUCCAGUGCCGGAGGCAGCCCUGUCAUGUCAGUAUAUUGUGUUGGCCUACGCAGAUGUUUCUUCACGUAAAUUAACUUGUAAUAGAGUGGAGAAGUGUGACGUCACGUUACCAUGGUAGCACUAUUUCUGGAUGACAACAAAACCAACGACGACUGCCACAGCAAGGAGAACGAAAAAAUAAUAUGUUUAUAUUAACAAACAACAACUUUGCACGUGCAUCACGCUAUUUUGUACACUUCUUUGCCGUCGUUGCACCACUACGACAUGAAACUUCUUAAUUUCACGAGCCCGCUUUAUGGAGUAGGUGACACAACACAAAAAAUUGUCGCCUUCUUUUUCUAAACUUAGAUAACGAUAAAUACGGCCCCGAAGAAAAUUUCGCCAAGAUUUGCCAAAUUAAAUUAAAUAAAAUUGAAUAAGAUCGGUGAAGUUUGAAAUAGUGCGAAUAGACUUUUAAGUGACUUUAUCGGUUUGUUGUCUUCCAAAAAUUUUGCUACCAUGGCAACGUGACGUAACGACUUCUCCUGUUAUUCAAACCGAAACUCAAUGAUCCCUCUUAUUAUCUGCUCACCCCUAACGCUCACUCCUCAUUAGGCCUUGGGAUAGACUUGCCGUAUAAACCGUUUCACUUCUAACCGCCUGGCCCAAAAAAAAAAUCCCCCAAUAUUAACUUUCGUUUUGUAAAAUCGUAAGAAAUAAAUGGUACUCUGCAAAAGUUCUACUAAACAGGUUUCAUUUGAAUACCAGCACCAUGGGAUUUCGCCUACAGACUCAAUGUUGUUCCGAGCUUCUUUUUCAAAGGGAGGCUAAGUGCAACAGGAAAGGUUUUGCACUUAGCCUCGUUUCUAAAGUGAAAGUUUAUGGAACUUGGCAAAACUUACCUAUUGUUGACAAAAAGUCUGGUCGCCACUGCCCAAGCUGGCCCGGAAGGGGGGGUACUCCUGGGAAUUUUGGCGGGGUUGUGCCUGACCCUAUAUCAGACCAAAAAAUGUUAUUUUCCAUAUCUGUCUUCAGAACAGACCUCUAAAAUCCAUACCCGUUUUCAGACCUUGCCUUUAGGAGGAAAUUUUGUCAUCAUUACUUAGAUUAGAGCGCAAACAAAAAAUUUCUUCAAACGCAUUUCGAAUUCACAUAUUUCUAUUCAGUCGUUCUUAUUCAUUUGGGAUUGAAAAGACAAGUAUGUUCAUACACUCCCGUAGUUUCCUCGAAAACUAUACCCGAUUCCAGACAAAAAUGGGAAAGUCUAUACCCGUAUUCAGACCAUGUAUUCGGUCGCUAGGGAAAAACAGCCAUCCUAUGUGCUAAUUUGAUAACAUACGUAUUUCUGCAUAAAAAGCAGCACUAAAGAAAAUUCUGCACCGUUGUUAAUUUAGGUGUUGAAGACGCGUAUGUAUUCAAUUUUUUUCAGACUUUCUUUUUCGCAUCUAAGUUGCGUGCAUAACAGCGAUGAUUUUUCACGUAUGGAAAUUAAUGUUUUCUUUAAUUAAAACUUACUUUGACUGAAACAUUUUCCCCACACCAACAAACAACUAUGAUCGCAGGCUACCUAUAACAUCUUGUUUUCUUGUCUGCAUGAUAAAAUUUACUGAAUAAUUGAUAGUGUACACAGCCAUCUGUUUUCAUUACACAUCUUCCUUGUUACAGUGACAGAACAGAUUACUUUUACUCAAGUAACAAAUACACUGAGUGAGGGCCUUUGAAGUUAAGUAGACUGAAGUAAUUGACACGGAAUAUGAAAUUCUACUACAUGAUUUCUUGCGUCAUAAUCUUGUAUAAAAGCAUGGCCACGUUUGUAAGAAGUCAUUCUUAUAAUGAAGGUAUGUUUAAGAACCUUUUUUUCUAAUGCUCUUGGAACGCUAACAGUUAGCCAAAUUUUGCAGCAAUUUAACAGAGGAGGGAUAUUUUGUGCAUUUAACAGAAUUGCGGUUUAGUUGAUAAAAUUCCCCCGUGCUGCAGUUUUCGAAUUAAAUACAACCAUUAUUUCUCCACUCUGUUCCAUGUUUUUGUUUUUUUCGAUUUGUAUAUUCUUUUCGUAAUGAGUUCAGCCCUGUAAGUUACUAAAAUGCAAGCUCUUUGACAGAAACUUAAGGAAAAGUAUUCUUAAACGUUUAAGUAACUGGUCUGUUACUUACUGAAAAGAGUUCAUGUAAUGUUUUGUUUCCAAGUCAGUUGUUUUUCCAUUAAUGUUACACUAUAAGCUUUUUUAAAAACAUUUUGACAUAUCUGAGUUCUUAAAAGUCGCUUGACAUUAAGUAUUAUACGGGACUUACCAAUACUGCAUUUAAAAGGUUAGAAGCUGCAGCUGGUAACAGCUAGAUAUCCAAGGUCUUGUGUUUUACUUUGAGUACCACCACCAACUGGAGACUCAGCUGGACUUAUUUUGAAACAAGACAAAUGCGACUCCAUGGUGGAGAGUGUUUAGUCUUGACUGUCACGUCCUGAGAAUUUUUUAAUGAAGGGAAGUUGACCUCCAACAGUGCAAUAUUUACCUAGAUUCAUGGCAUUCAGAUUUAGACUGUGUUUGAUUUAUUUACGCUGACUGUUUCUGAAUUAUUUACGCUGAUGUUAUCGCAUUUAUACUACUGGGUGAGAAAUUUCUUCAAUUUGAUUGGCUAAGAGCAGUGGUAUUUCAGCUUAAUUUGAAAUACCUACAUGUGAAAAUUACAAAACCUUUGCGGGUAGUAGUAUAAACAAAUAAUAGCAUGAUUUGUACGUGAUAUUUGGCGUAAAUACCACUAGUGAUAUUUCAAAAUUGACUCAAAUUUCACUCGCCUAACGGCUCGUGAAAUUACGCACAACAAUUUCGAAAUAUCGCUCGUUGUAUUUAUGCCAAAUAUCACUACAAAUCAUGCUAUUACCUAUACUAAUUAUAGACGGUAAGGCGUUUCACAUAGAGGUACCUUCUUUCAUUUGAAACAUUUUGCGAAAUCAGAGUUCUUUGGAUUAGGUUAUUUUACCAAGUCAAUUUUAGUGGACAAAGUCAACGUAUUUGGAGAGAGAGUCAAGAACCUACUUAGUUUACGAAACUGUAGAAACAAAUCUACCAAAUCUGACCUUCAGUGUGGCUGCGCCCACUUUAUGGAACGCUCUUCCUGUUAGCCUCCGCAGCAUCAAAUGUGUUUCUACUUUUAAAUCUAAUCUUAAAACUUAUCUUUUUAAAUUAGCUUUUAAUAUGUCUUAGAUAUUAAAUAUAUUUGUACAUUUCUAAUAUUUGUAUUAAUAGUUUUUAGGUUCUUUAUUGUUGUAAUGCGCUUUUGAUCACCUAGCAUGUUAAAAAGCGCACUAUAAAUGAAUAAAUUAUUAUUAUUAUACCUCACUACUUAACUAUGAAGAAAGACAGAACAAAUCUUUAACUGAUGGUAACUUGUGAGGUUUAUAAUGGUUAUUGAACUGAGUGGAGUGCAGUUUGGUCUAAAAUGAAUCAUACGCGUGAUUUCAAGUAUUAUGAUUUCAGACCAAAACUGCACGACACGAAGUUCAAUUACCACUUUAAGAAGCCGGUUUGAUGAAAAGCGGAAACAAAAAGGCUUUUACAUCUCAUUUUGUAUUAAAAACAGGAAUGAUGCGAUAUAGUAUCCACAUUAAUUCACAGUCCGCAAUCCACCAUCCAAAAUUCAGAAUCAUUCACUGCAGUGCACUGCAGUUACUUGCAGUAAAAAGCCUGUAGUUUGAAUUAUCAACCUCAACUUUAUUUUUUACUCUGUUUACAGGGUGUAACUUAGGACUAACAAUUAUUUGAAAAUAUAUUAUUACACAAGUACUUAUUGACCCUGGGUACCAGAGGUUUUUUUGCGUCCGGUGGAAGGCCGACACAUCUUCGGCUGAAGGCCGAAGUCACGAGCGGGGAAGGUACGUGCACAGUGGCCAAAGAAGCGACAGCUUUCGAGCUGGCCACUGUCAGGUUAGCGGUAGAAAUCAUAAAGGUCCAAGACUUAUAAAUAUGGUAAUGGGCAUUCAAGUUAAAGUUAUAUACUAAGUUUACAUAAUAUAGCUUUAGGUUAUCAGGAACAGGCUUGAUUCGUACUUGACAGAGGCAAAAUAUGAUGAACAAAAAUAGUCACAAUUUUCAUCGAUAGGCUGUUACAGGUGGAGAGGGAUGGUUGGUGGGGGGGAAGGGUGGGGUAGUGAGUGUUUGAGGUGGAGAAGUGGGAGUAGCCUGUGUACAUACCCCCCUCCCCUCAGGAAAAGUGAGUGUAGUUGUCAAUGUGAUGAUUUUCAGACUGCCUGCUAUGUAUUGACGACAGGCCCUAAAACCAAUCAAAAUCCCUCAUUUCACGAUGUACUGAUAGAUCAUUCUCUCUUGUCUACGAGUAACAGCUAAUCAAAUUAUUUUCCACACAUUCCAGGAAAAAUCACGUGGCCUCUAUACACGAUUAUCAACGGUGAAUCACAGACCCCCCUUCUCCGAUUUUUCCUGACAGGAGGGGGGUGGGGGUCUGUACACAGGCUGAGGUGGGAGUUUUUCAUUUCAGCGUCAGAAUUUUAACAUUCUGCGGAGCUUAACUAGAGACUUUUGUUCUUGGGCCAUCGUAGUUUGAUCAAAAAUAAAACACAAACAGCGGUGAUAAACAUUGUGAGUUUUCGCAUUUUUUAUAAACUUGACGUUUCGUAUGCUAUUCAAAAUACAUUUUCAAAAUUGAUCUUAAGUGACCGUUGAAGAGAGAAUGCUAACCGCUGAACAAUAUGCGGAAUCCUUAUUUAAAUUUGAAUAGGAAACCCAAAUGAACUCUAUUACAAGUGUUAGAAAUAUAGUUCUGCUAUUUUUUCCUUAAGGUCCUUGUCGCGAAUUGGCGUUCCCAGGUUUUCUUUUCUUUGCCGACAAGCGCCUGAUGAACCACACCAUAAAAACUUUAAAAGUUCGCGAUCUGGAUGAGUGUGAGUUGAGGUGUUACUACGAGCACAAUUGUGUCAGUCUUAAGAGGCCCUGCGCCUAAGAAACGACCGAUGAUUUCCGGCUAAAAAAUAAAAUCGGCCGAUUUUUAUCUCCCAAGUAGAGGUUACCGAAUACUAUUCAAAAAUGAAUUUCUUUUGUUUCAGUUUCGCUUUAAACCAAAAAUAUCGAGCCGCAAACUUUUUCCGUCUGAUAGCAGCAAAAUCAGGCCUAAAAUAAGCCCUCGCAAAAAACGGUUCAGAAAUCACUAUCGCAACGCAAAAUAGCGAGGAAACCACACAGUGAUGAAGAAAAAGGCCUUUUAAUGCAAUAUCAUUCGAUAAACAUCGAAAAACUGCCGAAGGGAAUAAAAAAUAAAUUUUCAAAUAUUGCAUUUUAAAUUAGAUGGAGCGUUGGAGUUGAUUUUAAAACAAUAAUUUCUCAAAAGUCCAACGCUGCUGAAAGCAAUCACAGUGAUGAAUCAGACAUUGGAGGGAUAUACAUCACGUUUUCGGAAAAACAUUUUUCGGCCAAAGUAUACUGACGUUGUAAAAACCGUUCAAAGUUACCGUAUUUACCGUUAAGUUGCCACUUCAGCGAAACACUUCUCUGUUGCCAAUAUGGCCAAGGGUAGCGUGGGAAACGCCACUUUAAUCCUUGCUAGGCGCUGAAAACCAUCCUAAAUAGAAGUAUAUAGAAUUAAAAGAGAAAGGAAAAUGAAAGAUUCGCAGAAAAAGAGAAUAACUCGAAAUUACCAUCUGCUAAGGAGAGUUGAAUCUUGGAAAUGUUGUCGCGUGACAGCGUUCAUUUGUCCGAACUGCAGCGGGAUCCAAACAAAUACGUGAAAUAUAAGUUAAAAAAAACAGUCUUUCUAUCACCAGAAAUCGUGAAGUGAAACAGUUUUAUGUUUUUCCUAUUAAUGAUGAUGAAUUCAGCCUCAGCUAGUCUCCAAGUACUUUGAAUGUGGGCUGCUUGUAUUUCGUUACAUACAUUCCAACGGACGUUACGGGUCAGCGCGUGUAGGGGUCAGCGGACCUGAAGAAAGGUGAGGUAGGUACUUCAUAUAUGAUUAUUAUUAUGUACCUAAACAUAAUUAUUAUAUCUUACUAUAUAUUAUUAUUAUUACACUAUAAACACCUAUACCCCUAUACAACACCAUAUACCCCUAUAUACCCCAUACAACACCAUAUACCCCUAUACAACACCAUAUACCCCUAUAUACCCCUAUUACACACCAUAUACCCCUAUACAACACUAUAUGCCCCUAUAUACCCCUAUAAAACGCCAUAUACCCCUAUAUACCCCAUACAACACCAUAUACCCCUAUAUACCCCUAUUACACACCAUAUACCCCUAUACAACACUAUAUGCCCCUAUAUACCCCUAUACAAUACCAUAUAUCCCUAUAUAUCCCUAUACAACACCAUAUACCCCUAUAUACCCCUAUACAACGCCAUAUACCCCUAUAUACCCCAUACAACACCAUAUACCCGUAUAUACCCCUAUACAACACCAUAUACCCCUAUAUACCCCUUUACAUCGCCAUACACCCCUUUACAUCGCCAUAUAUCCCUAUACAACACCAUAUACCCAUAUACAACACCAUAUACCCCUAUACAACACCAUAUACCCAUAUACAACACAAUACACCCCUAUACAUUGCCAUAUACCCCUAUACAACACCAUAUACCCAUAUACAUCACCAUACACCCCUUUACAUCGCCAUAUACCCCUAUACAACACCAUACACCCCUAUACAUCACCAUAUACCCCAAUACAUCACCAUACACCCCUUUACAUCGCCAUAUAUCCCUAUACAACACCAUAUACCCCCAUACAUCACCAUACACCCCUUUACAUCGCCAUAUACCCAUAUACAACACCAUAUAGCCAUAUACAACACCAUAUACCCAUAUACAACACCAUAUACCCAUAUACAACACUAUACACCCCUAUACAACACCAUAUACCCCUAUACAACACCAUAUACCCAUAUACAACACUAUACACCCCUAUACAACACCAUAUACCCCUAUACAACACCAUAUAGCCCUAUACAACACCAUAUACCCAUAUACAACACCAUAUACCCCCAUACAUCACCAUACACCCCUUUACAUCGCCAUAUACCCAUAUACAACACCAUAUAGCCAUAUACAACACCAUAUACCCAUAUACAACACCAUAUACCCCUAUACAACACCAUAUACCCAUAUACAACACUAUGCACCCCUAUACAACACCAUAUAGCCCUAUACAACACCAUAUACCCCUAUACAACACCAUAUACCCAUAUACAACACCAUAUACCCCCAUACAUCACCAUACACCCCUUUACAUCGCCAUAUACCCAUAUACAACACCAUAUAGCCAUAUACAACACCAUAUAGCCAUAUACAACACCAUAUACCCAUAUACAACACCAUAUACCCCUAUACAACACCAUAUACCCAUAUACAACACCAUACACCCCUAUACAACACCAUAUACCCCUAUACAACACCAUAUACCCAUAUACAACACCAUAUACCCCCAUACAUCACCAUACACCGCUUUACAUCGCCAUAUACCCCUAUACAACACCAUAUACCCAUAUACAACAUCAUAUCAGGCCCCUAUACAUCACCAUACACCCCUGUACAUCGCCAUAUACCCCUAUACAACACCAUAUACCCAUAUACAACACCAUGUACUCCUAUACAUCACCAUACACCCGAGCACAUCACCAUAUAUCCCUAUACAUCACCAUACACCCCUAUACAUAACCACACACCCCUAUACAUCGCCAUAUACCCCUAUACAACACUAUAUACCCCUAUACAACACCAUAUACCCAUAUACAACACCAUGUACUCCUAUACAUCACCAUACACCCCAGCACAUCACCAUACAUCCCUAUACAUCACCAUAUAUCCCUAUACAACACCAUAUACCCCUAUACAACACCAUAUACCCAUAUACAACACCAUAUACUCCUAUACAUCACCAUACACCCCUAUACAUCACCAUACACCCCUGUACAUCGCCAUUUAGUAUAUACACACUCAGUGAUCUUGGUGAUUUAAGCAAUCUGAUUGGUUCGCUAUCUCGGACUAUUCAACAAUAUUCACCUCCUAGCGAGUGGAUAAUGUGUGAGCUCGGUGUUUUUCCCGUUUUUUUUAGAGAACGAUCUUUUAAAAGUCGACAAAAUCCUAGGGCUGACUUUUUUUAAGGCAAGAAAAGACUUGGAAGGAUUCAAUACGGCGUUUUUCAAUUUACUGUAGCAGGAGUUUUGUGCUCGAUGGAUUGUUUACAACUCCCGUGUAUUCGCGUAGAAGAAGCCGUUUCGUGAACUCAGCGUUUUCUAAGAAGAAAAUUUUGGCUCAAAAAUCGAAGUUUAUUUAUGACAAACAAAUUUAAAAGGAAAUGUUUGCAGAAAUUCUACAUUUCAAGUAAACAGGAAAAAGAAUGAUACAGGAAGACGACCUCUUACCUCGAGCAACCGAGCCGCCAUUUUUGUCAGCACUUCAUGCGAAGAACGACACAACAUGCCCUUUUGGCUAUAAACUUGGCGAGUCAACAGAAAACAACACAGCUCUACUUUUUUUCUCAGGUAAGGAAACAGUUCAAACUUUUAGCGAUUCCAUUGAAGCCAUUACGCUGUUGUUUGCGAAAUGAGUAAACUUGUGAAUUGCCAUGUUUGAAAAUUCUGCAAAGAUCUAUUUUUAAACUUACGCGUGAUUUGAUCUGUCAAUCAAAUCCUACUUUUGAAUGGUUUCCUUUCUGAUUUUGUUGAGAUCACUUCGUGUGUAUAUACUAAAACAAUUAUUCUUCUCAAUCUCGGUGAAUAGUGGCUUUGGGAAUAUUUACCUCGCCGCUCUCGCGGCUCGGUAAAUAUUUUGCCACUAUUCACCUCGAUUUCAAAGAAUAAUUGUUAAAUACCCCUAUACAACACCAUAUACCCAUAUACAACACCAUGUACUCCUAUACAUCACCAUACACCCCAGCACAUCCCCAUAUACCCAUAUACAACACCAUACACCCCCAUAAAUCACCAUACACCCCUUUACAUCGCCAUAUACCCCUAUACAACACUAUAUACUCAUAUACAUCCCCAUACACCCCUAUACAUCACCAUACACCCCUAUACAACACCAUACAUCCCUAUACAUCCCCAUACACCCAAUAUAUUCCCAUACACCCCUAUAUAUCACCAUACACCCCUAUACAACACCAUACAUCCCUAUACACCCCUCUACGUCCCCAUACACCCCUAUAAAUUCCCAUAUGCGUCUUUAUACAUCACCAUACAACCCUAUAUAGUACUUUUAUGUGUGUCAUUGUCCCAUUUUAUUUCUAGAUGCCUUACAUUCAGCAAAGCAUAUAUAGCAUUAAUUCUUGUCAAAGCUCGCCACUAGUGGUGUGCCUGCAUAGCAUGGUUGCCCCCGUGGUGGUAUAGCUGUCUGCAAAAAGUCCUUUAAUUGCUUAAAUUCCAAAAAGAUGGUGGCUUAAAAAGCUCAAUCUAACAUCACGUCGCAGUCACGCAACGGCAAAGUAAAGUCGUAGUGUUUUGCUAAUCCCAGCAUAUUCUUAUUGUUUUGGGGGCGUUCUCGUUGUCUUCGUUUUCGUCGUUUCUUGGUUCGAAGAGUAAGCCGGCCGACUUGUGCCGUUAUGGGACUGGGGGGUGGAGGGGGAGAGGGGGCGGUGAGAUUAAACAUGGACUGAAGUGACUGCAAAUCACGUCUGAUUUCCGCAGUUCCUCCGCAAUUCGGCUACUAGCUCCAAGGUCAGUAGAGAAAACAUUAUUUAUUUAAUUCAUCUAUUCAUUUAUUUUCAUUAUUGGUAUAUGACCUUCAAAUUUCAAGUUCAUCAAUAAAAAACGAUAUUGAAUUAUUAUAUGUACUGGAUGGAGAUACCAUACUCUGUUGAGCUUUUCACUGAAAAUCUAAUUCACAAAUAGCAGAUAGGUAUAUUUGCUAAAUACAUUGCAAUUAUUGUCGGUAACUAAAAUUUAUUUAGUAUAUAUCCACUCAGGCUUGGUGUUUUUGGGCAGUCUGAUUGGUUGAUAGUUAUCUCCUAGGCCAAGCUCUUUCACAGUAUAUAAUCAACAAAAGCAUAAAUGAACUUCAGACAUUCAUUAAUAAUUCAUUAAAAACAAAACUAAACAAAGAAAUUUUUGUUUGUAAAAUGAGUGUCUUUAUGUCUGAUAAAAAAAAAAAAAAAAAAGCUAACCUUUACGUUCAAUUGUUAGGCCAUAAUAACCACAAAUCUAAAUAUAUUUGUGCAAAAAUGAGUUCAUCUAUAAAAUUAGCGGAGAAUUUGAAGCCAUUCAAAACAACUCGCAACUCGCAAUUGUGUAUUACCAGGUGUAAAACCUCUCGGCUUCACAAAUUUUUUAAACCUGAUUAUACGCUCAUGCACAUUUUUGUAAACAUGCAGUGCACCUUUCCCUCAAUUCGCCUAUGAUCUCUGACCCGAGGUUAAAUUUGUAACCCUGUUCGUACAUUUGAUGAACAGGACAUCCACUCCCUGUAUUCAUCGAGAUUUUCAGUGACUUCACGCACGAAAAGUAGUCUGAGGUUUUCCGUGUCACGUUCCUCGUUGAUUCCAAGCCCCAGUGAGGAAAUAUGCUGUAGAUUUUGCAAAUCCGAACGUUGCAAGUGUUUUUGUAGCUGCCGGGCUGUUGCUCUGAAGAAGCAGUUUCCGUCUUUGUUAAUUGGGUCCAACUGAAGAUCAAAUCCUGUGAGAUUUCUUAACAGGUUAUCUUUGUGCUGUGGGGUCAAAUUUAAUUCCAUAACGUUUAACUUUGACUCCUGUUCAUAAAGGUUAGCUGCCGGUAAGUUUAUCUUCCAGACAAGACCAAUGAAAUCUAUUGUUUUGUUGUUACAUUUUGUUGUCCAACUGGUGAUAAAUUCUUGUAUGUGCAGCGCUCGUUCCAAAAUGUAGUUCAAGACGGAAUCGUUUUCCAGUUCUUCCACAGUCUUAACUGUGACGAAAACGGAUGAUGUCCGUGGCAUUCUACUAGCCUUACUGCUAUUUUCAGAGACAGUUCCAGAUAUUGAACCCGGUAAUGACGUUGACGUAGAAUCCACAGCCGUCAUGUGAGACUGAAGAUAAGGGGUCGCUUGGUUUAAAGACUCUAAAGGCUCUAAUUCAAUUGGCGUGAUCGGAAUUGUUCUCUUAUUGAGGGUUGCUUUUAAUCUUCGUUUGCAAUUCCAUGCAUACAAAGCACACGCCAUUACCGCUACCGCCAACUCAGGUCCAAUUUUGGAUACUCCGCACAGUAAUGAUCGGUUAAGAUGUCUGUGAAGUCGCUCAUUUAUUUCAGUCCCACAUCCAACAGGUAUUUCCGAGAGACAUCCUUUUUUUAUAUGCUUGCGCAAAUUUUCAAUUUGAAGAAGGGUUUCCGUUUUCAGCUUUUCUCUCCAAACAAAUAGAAGACGUUCAAGAUUUGAUUCUAUUUCAUCAGGACAAGGGGCGGCUCAUUGUUCUCUCGUUACCAAGGUCUCCAUUUUGACGGAAAAUUAAAGAAAAUUCAUUAGCAAAUUGUUUACUGUAAUCUUCGCUUUUGCGUACCGUUUGUACAACUCUCAUACACGCGUGAAAUGAGUCUAGCCGAACCUUUAUCCCCGGGAAUAUUUGUCCAUAUAGGUGCAUCACGUGGCAACAGUCAUCCACUAUUAUCAUUUUUAAGUUAGUGCUUGCCUUAUCAAGCCUCUCUUUCAGUUCUUUAAGUGAGUCGAUAAUUUCGGACGAAGAAGUCGUCUUCGUAAACUUCCAUAUCAUAACUUCUCCGUUUUCGUUCACCCCCAAGAAGACGUUUUUAAACUGGCCUACAAACUUGCCGUCCUCGCGGGUUACCCCGAUAUGUUUAUUCGUUCUAAAGGUGUGGUCACAGGACAGAAUCUCCCCUGUGUGUUUCUGCAUGUUAUUCUCCUAAUGUUUUUUGUUCCGCUCAAACUGCAUGAGAAACAAAUCCAUUAGUUUAUCGUUGCUUGGAUAGGCAAUGAAAGGAAUACUCUCAAACUCCUUUACAGAUAACUCUUUGCUGUCCGGUUUAUUACGCAUGUACUGUCUGUAAUUCAUUGAUGCAAUGCCUUCAGAUAAUUCCAUGAAGUUUUGUCCUUGAUAAAUACCAGUUAUUAAAUAAUCAUAAAGACGCAGCGUAAAACUGCUUCUCUGCUGCAUUAUAAGAGGAAAUCCCUUAACAACACUUUCAGGGAGAGCGCCUAACACAUCGUUUGAUGCGGACAAAUACCGAUGUCCAAUCAUCACGUUUUCUGGCAAACUUUCACUGCAUUCAUAGAACGCCUGCACCAGAAUAACAUUUCCGUUCAAGUCGUAAAUCAAUCUUGGGUUUCUUGGACUUGUGUUGGAGGAGUCAGGAAGAUCGGUCCACUGUCCGACUUUCAGAGGACAGCCAUGAAUAGGACAUAAAAUAGUCAAACCGUAAUGUCUUAUUGGACACCAGAUAAAUAAUUUUGGUAUUAAUUUUGACAUAGCGUGUGGCCCUUCAACAAUUUGAUCAAACCUUCCAUUUUGCGGUGUACACUCAAACUCUCUGAAGACAUCCCGCAGAUAUUGUCCUUCUUCUUUUUCAAGAAGAACACAGAUGAUUGUUUUAAAUCCCAAAACAAAGAAUAAGCAAGAAACAAUGAUUAAAUUUCUCAUUAUGUCCCCUUGAUGUCGAACAUCUAACUGUCGCUGGGUGGCAUCGAUCUUGGAAAUAUACGGUUCAGCCGGGAUCAAAGUGCUACAAAGCUUGUGCAAUUUAUUUCGCAACGUUUUACUUAGUUAUAUUACUCCACGAGCCAUAGUUCAUGUGACCCACCAAAUUAAGCCGUUUAAUGCAUGUCCAUGAAAGUCAGGAAGUACAUUCAAUAUACCUUAAUAAAGUGUGAGCAUUUUUUUUUUGUUCAUUUUUGUUUUUGUUUGGCAUCGCGGGUCGGGUAUUAUCCAAUAAAAAGCUAAGAAAGCUGGUACCCUUUUUAAGGCCCAAAGCCGAAAAAUGACACCCUAUUCAAGGAAAAAACAAACAUGUGGCUUGAAUAGGCGUUACGUGUAUUUACCCGCUUAACGUCUAUUAAUCCUCUGUUGCAAAAUCAAAACCGUUCGUUUAGGCGCGCAUUUUCCCACUCCAGUAUUAGUUAAUGCAAUUAACCUACCCUAUCUAAGGACCACACCAGGGACACAGAAACAAAAGGGUCAAGAAAGAUACCCUAUUUAAGGACCGAGAACUUCAAAAACCAUACUCUAUUGCGCGGCACGUACCUAUAUAGCCCAUAUAUGGGAGUACCCCCCCCCCCCGGGGAAUAGAUACUGUUAUUCAAAACCCAUACGUUAAUCCUUCCAAGAACUUCGCGUACAGAGGUGUAUGGUGAUGUAUAGGGGUGUAUGGUUAUGUAUGGAGUGUAUGGUUAUGUAUAGGGGAGUAUGGUGAUGUAUUGGGGUGUAUGGUUAUGUAUGGAGGUGUAUGGUGAUGUAUAGGGGUGUAUGGUGAUGUAUAGUGGUGUAUAGUGAUGUAUAGGAGUGUAUGGGAAUGUGUAGGCAGUGUUCUCACCAGGAUUUUGCCUUGGGGAGUCCCAGGGCCCCCUCUUCUGAGAUAUAGGGGCCCUGUAAGAACAUUAGGGGGACAAAGUUACAAAAAACACGCGGUACGAAGAACCUGAGCCCGCACUCCAAAUUGUCUGUUACAUGAAGUACCUACCUGAUCCAAUAUGGCGGAAGAGGUGUUUACGAUUCGGAGGAGGAGUUUACGAUGUAGUGGGACGUGCGUGGGAGCAAUGAAAGUAAAGGCAACAAAAUGAAAGACUUUGACUCAUUUGAUAUCAUGUCUUUUAUUUAUUCAAACAAUUGCCCCUGCGCCCAAACGGGCGCAUCUUCUUCGUUUUAAUGCGCCAUUUCAGUUUUUCUUGCGGGAAUCCCGCAAGGCCGCGGCCUGGUGAGAAAACUGUGUAGGGGAGUAUGGUGAUUUAUAGGGGUGUAUGGGGAUGUAUAGGAAUAUAUGGUGUUGUAUAGGGGUGUAUGGUUACGUACGGAGCUGUAUGGUGAUGUAUAGGGGUGUAUGGUUGUGUAUGGAGGUGUAUGGUGAUUUAUAGGGGUGUAUGGUGAUGUAUGGUGAUGUAUAGAGGUGUAUGGUGAUGUAUAGGGAUGUAUGGUGAUGUAUAAGGGUGUAUGGUUAUGUAUGGAGGUAUAUGGAGAUGUAUAGGGGUGUAUGGUGAUGUAUAGGGGUGUAUGGUUAUGUAUGAGGGUGUAUGGUGAUGUAUAGGGAUGUAUGGUGAUAUAUAGAGGUGUAUGGUGAUGUAUAGGGGUGUAUGGUGAUGUAUAGGGAUGUAUGGUGAUGUGUCGGGGUGUAUGAUGAUGUACAGUAGUGUAUGGGAAUGUAUAGGGAUGUAUGGUGAUGUAUAAGGGUGUAUAAGGGUGUAUGGUUAUGUAUGGAGGGCUAUGGUGAUGUAUAGGGGUGUAUGGAGAUGUAUAGGAAUAUAUGGUGUUGUAUGUGGGUGUAUGGUGCUGUAUAGGGGUGUAUGGUUAUGUAUGGGGGUGUAUGGUGAUGUAUAGCGGUGUAUGGGGGUGUACGGUGAGGUAUAUGGAUGUAUGGUGAUGUAUAGGGGAGUAUGGUGAUGUAUGGGGGUGUAUGGUGAUAUCUAGGGAUGUUUGGUGAUUUGUAGGGGUGUAUGGUUAUGUAUGGGGAUGUAUGGUGAUGUAUAGGGGUGUAUGGGGAUGUAUAGGAGUGUAUGGUUAUGUAUGGGUGGUGUAUGGUAAUGUAUAGGGAUGUAUGGUGAUGUAUAGGGGUGUAUGGUGAUGUAUAGGGAUGUAUGGUGAUGUGUAGGCGUGUAUGGUGAUGUAUAGUAGUGUAUGGUAAUGUAUAGGGAUGUAUGGUGAUGAAUAAGGGUGUAUGGUUAUGUAUGGAGGUGUGUAUAAUGUAUAGGGAUGUAUGGUGAUGUAUACGGGUGUAUGGUGAUGUAUAGGGUGUAUGGUGAUGUAUAGUAGUGUAUGGGAAUGUAUAGGGAUGUAUGGUGAUGUAUAAGGGUGUAUGGUUAUGUAUGGAGGUGUAUGGAGAUGUAUAGGGUCUAUGGUGAUGUAUAGGGCAUAUGGGGGCAUAUGGUGUUGUAUAGGGGUAUAUAGGGGCAUAUGGUAUUGUAUAGGGGUAUAUAGGGCAUAUAUAAUGUUGUAUAGGGGUAUAAAGGGUAAAUGGUGAUGUAUAGGGGUAUAUAGGGGUAUAUGGUGUUGUAUAGGGGUAUAUAGGGGCAUAUAGUGUUGUAUAGGGGUAUAUAAAGUUGUAUAAAGGCAUAUAAUAUAUGGUGUUGUAUAAAGGGUAUAUAGGGGGUAUAUAAUGUUUAUAGGGUAUAUAAAGUAUAUAUAAUUAUUUGUAUAAAGUAUAUAAAGGUAUAUAAUUGUUGUAUAAAGGGGUAUAUAAGGUAUAUAAUGUUAUAUAAAGUAUAUAAAGGUAUAGUGAUGUAUAAAGGUAUGUAAAGGACAUAUAGUGUUGUAUAAAGGGUAUAUAAUUAUAUAAUAAAGGGGUAUAUAAAGGUAUAUAGUGUUGUAUAGGGUAUAUAAAGGGUAUAUAAUUGUUGUAAAGGGUAUAUAAAGGGGUAUAUAAUUAUUGUAUAGGUAUAUAAGGGUAUAUAGUGUUGUAUAAAGGUAUAUAAAAUAUAUAAUUAUUGUAUAAAGGGGUAUAUAAAGGGGUAUAUAGUGAUGUAUAGUAUAUAAAAGGUAUAUAGGGGCAUAUAGUGUUGUAUAAAAGUAUAUAGUGUUAUAUAAAGGGCAUAUAAAAAUAUAUAUGGUGUAUAUAUAAAGUAUAUAGGAGUAUAUAGUGUUGUAUAAAUUAUAUAAAGGGGUAUAUAAUUGUUGUAUAGGGGGUAUAUAAAGGGGUUAUAUAAUUAUUGUAUAAAAAGCAUAUAAAGGGUAUAUAAUUAUUGUAUAGGGUAUAUAGGAGUAUAUAGUGUUAUAUAGGGGCAUAUAAAGGUAUAUAGGGGUAUAUAAAGGCAUAUAAUGUUGUAUAAAAGGCAUAAAAGUAUAUAGUGUUGUAUAUAAAUAUAUAGGGUAUAUAAUUGUUAUAUAAAAUAUAUAUAUGGUGAUAUAGUGAUAUAUAAAGUGUAUAUAAUUAUAUAUAAUUAUAAAUAUAUAGUGUUGUAUAAAAGGGGCAUAUAAUUAUAUAGUGUUGUAUAGGGGUAUAUAGGGGUAUAUAUGGUGUUGUAUAGGCAUAGGGGUAUAUGGCGUUGUAUAGGGGUAUAUGGUGUUGUAUAGGGCAUAUAAGGGAUAUAUGGUAUUGUAUAGGGGUAUAUAGGGGCAUAUAGUGUUGUACAGGGGUAUAUGGUGUGUAAUAGGGGUAUAUAGGGGUAUAUGGUGUUGUAUAGGGGUAUAGGUGUUUAUAGCGUAAUAAUAAUAAUAUAUAGUAAGAUAUAAUAACUAUGUUUAGGUACAUAAUAAUGAUCAUAUAUGAAGUACCUACCAAAGGUGACGAAGUUGGAGAGCAACGCCAUGCUAGGGCACAUUGGUAGGUACCCAAUAUCGAAAAUAAAUGCAGUAUCGGUAUUUCGUCGAUUUUUGACACGGUAUUUCGGUGUUUACCAAUUUUUCUCACGGUAUUGCGGUAUUUAAUCAAUUUAAUUUAAUUCAGGAGCCCAUCAUUGAUGGGCUCCUGUUUAAUUUUGCGAACGAAAAAGAUACCCUACCAAUUUCAUCACAGAUUAUCUGUCAGAAAUUGUGUAAUGGUAAUCAUUUACCAUUAAUCUAAAGUCUUAAAAAUACUGACGUGCAUUAAACUAGCCUGCGUAGCAGGCGCUUGGAAGUAGUGGGCUCGAGAGAAAACGGGCGCGCGUGAGGGAGACACGCGAGGGGUGAUCCAAACGCCUGCUACGCAGGCUAGCAUUAAACAGGAGAGGGCAAUGAACAGUACCGCAAUACCGUGAUCUUCUUUUACCGAAGACCGUUAACCAAAAAGAAGAAAUACCGCAUACCGCAGGGCUAAAUGAUAAUACCGCAAUACCCCACUUUAAAAUCCAAAUUACCGAAAUACCGCUUGAAAAAAAGCUCAAUACCGUAAGCCCCCAUUUCCCCCUCCAUGCUGUUGAAGAGGUGAUAGAAUAUUUGGGCUUAAAACAUCCAAUUAUAUUUGAAGUUUACAAUCUUUGUCAUAAUUAUCACAGCAACAAACU